UAAAUCGUACACGUACCACGGUAGCCCGUGUGCACAAGCACAAUGGCGAAGCAGCAGAACCACCGGCACCGAGACCUGGAGGCGGCGAUAGACAUGGCGCAGCAGCAGCAGCGGCCGCCGGCGGCGGGCUUCACUGGCGGUCUGGAGUUCACGAGCCUGACGUACACUGUGGUGAAGAAGCAGCGCGGCGCCGGCGGGGAGUGGGAGAAGAAGGACGUGGACCUUCUGCACGAGAUCACGGGUUAUGCUCCCAAGGGCUGUGUCACUGCCGUGAUGGGCCCCAGUGGGGCCGGCAAGUCGACCUUCCUGGACGCGCUGGCGGGCCGCAUCUCCAGCCUGGACGGCCGCGUGGCCCUCGACGGCGUCCAGAUGAGCCCCAGCGUCAUCAAGCGCACGUCAGCCUACGUCAUGCAGGACGACCGCCUGUUCCCCAUGCUCACCGUCUACGAGACGCUCAUGUUCGCCGCCGACUUCCGCCUCGGCAGCGCCCUCUCCGUCUCCGACAAGCGGGUCCGCGUCGACAACCUCAUCGAGCAGCUCGGCCUCACGACGUCGAGGAACACGUACAUCGGGGACGAAGGCACGAGGGGGGUGUCGGGAGGGGAGCGGCGGCGGGUAUCGAUCGGCGUGGACAUAAUCCACGGGCCGGCGCUGCUGUUCCUGGACGAGCCGACGUCGGGGCUGGACUCGACGAGCGCGCACAGCGUGAUCGAGAAGGUGCACGACAUCGCGUGCGCCGGGAGCACCGUGGUGCUGACCAUCCACCAGCCGUCGUCGCGGAUCCUGCAGCUGCUGGACCACCUCAUCAUCCUGGCCCGCGGGCAGCUCAUGUACAGCGGCGGGCCCAAGGACGUCACCGCGCACCUGGGCCGGAUGGGCCGGAAGGUGCCCAAGGGGGAGAACUCCAUCGAGAACCUGCUGGACGUGAUCCAGGAGUACGACCAGUCGGAGUUCGGCGUCAAGGCGCUCGCCGAGUUCUGCCUCACGGGGCUCAAGCCGCGGAAGCUCGCCGCCGAGGGGUUCUCCACCGUGUCCAGCCUCGCCCCGACGCCUCUGUCUGGCCCUGGCGCCGGGGGCGAGGAUGACUUCGACCACAGCCUCAGGAGCCAGCACUCCAAGUCCCCCUGGAGCAGCGGGUUCACGCCGUCCAGGCGCGCUAAGAAAGACCAGAACAACGGCGGCAAGAACGCUCCUCCGAGCUUGUCGCCGGGGUUUCACAGGUACGCGCCGGAGAUCGUGAUGGGGACACCCACUCCGCUGAGCAGCAUUUCGGUGUACACGGUGAACGAGGCCGACUACCUGACGCCGACGGACCGCGUGGCCGGCGCCGGCACCGGGACGGCCUCCACGGGCGCCCACGGCAUGAACGCGCUUCAGGGACACCGGGGCAAGUUCGCCAACUCCUACUUGCGGGAGGUGUUGGUGCUGAUGCGGCGCAAUUUCACAAACAUCUGGCGCACGCCGGAGCUGUUCCUGUCGCGGCUGAUGGUGCUGACCAUCAUGGGGAUCCUGAUGGCCACCAUGUUCACCAAGCCCAAGGCCGACACGCAGGGCAUCACCAACCGCCUCAGCUUCUUCAUCUUCACCGUCUGCGUCUUCUUCUUCUCCUCCAACGACGCCGUGCCGGCAUUCAUCCAGGAGCGCUUCAUCUUCAUCAGGGAGACAUCGCACAACGCGUACCGGGCAUCCGCCUACGUCGUCGCGGGUGUCAUCACCUACCUGCCGUUCCUCCUGCUGCAGUCCGCCGUCUACGCCUUCAUCGUCUGGUGGGCGAUCGAACUCCACGGCCAGUUCCUCUACUUCAUCGUCAUGCUCUACGCCUCGCUCCUCUCCACAAACUCUUUCGUCGUCUUCAUCAGCUCCAUCGUCCCAAACUUCAUCCUUGGAUACGCGGCGGUGAUCGCCUUCACGGCGCUCUUCUUCCUCUUCUGCGGCUACUUCGUCAACAGCCACAGCAUCCCGCUGGGGUGGAAGUGGAUGAACACCAUUUCCACGAUGAAGUACCCCUACGAGGGCCUCCUCAUGAACGAGUUCCGCGGAGAGCGGGUCUUCUCCACGGACCCGCCGCUCAACGGCGACGCCAUCCUCGACAGCCUCGCCAUCAGCGUGGUGGAGGACCGCAAAUGGUGGAUGGUGCUCUACCUGCUCGGCUGGGCCGUCUUCUACCGCGUCCUCUUCUACCUCGUCCUCCGCUUCGCCUCCAAGAACAAGAGGAAGUAAUUCAAGCAUAUGGAGGUGCCGUCGAGAAACGUCUCAACAGCUUCCCGUGUCCUGAUUAAAUCUUUGUUUUCGUAGCUUAACUGAAACUAGUACUUAUUCAUUUGGAGAGCUGGAUAUAAGGGAAGUUACGCAUUUUGAACUGUAAUUUUCAGAUAAGACCAUGUUUUUUCUUCGAAAAAAAGGUAUGCUCCAGCCAGCCUCUGGCGUCAAUCGAUGGACAGCCAACACAAGACCAUGUAUAUUAAUCGUGUCAUGAUUUUAUUCUCAACUGUAA